UAUUUUAUCAGCAGAAAGGAGGGGAGUGGGAAGUGGAGGACUUCCAGUCUGCAAUUGCUGCUCUUGGUUGUUCAUAAGAUCUCCUGCCACAAGGGGGUAGACAUCACUCACACAAGCAUUAAGCACUCUCAUCUCAGAGGCGAGAGAAGGCAGUACAGUUGAUACAGAACAUCCCAUGGCUCUGUAGCACUGACACUGCCUGCUGAGGGACCCCCCCAAGACAGCCACAUCCGAUCCCUCCUCCACGUAUUGUCACAAAGAGAAAGAACCGAGAGCCAUUCACCUCUGAACCCCAGCAGGCAGCCAAUUUUAGAAAAGAAACACCUGGAAUAGGAUUGGCAUUGAGAAGACUGCAACAGAUCAGAAUGGAUGUGUUUAUGAAAGGCUUGUCCAAAGCAAAGGAAGGAGUGGUGGCUGCAGCUGAGAAGACCAAACAAGGGGUAGCCGAGGCUGCAGAGAAGACCAAGGAAGGUGUCAUGUAUGUGGGAAGCAAAACCAGAGAUGGAGUGGUACAAGGAGUUACUUCAGUGGCAGAAAAGACCAAAGAGCAGGCAUCUCAUUUGGGAGGGGCUGUCAUGUCUGGAGCUGGAAACAUUGCUGCCGCCACUGGCCUAGUGAAGAAAGAUGACUUCCCUACAGACAUAAAGCCUGAGGAAGAAGGGCAAGAAGCUUUGGAAGAGCCUGCUGCUGAACCUCUGCUGGAGCCAGAAGGGGAAAACUAUGAGGAAGCCCCUCAGGAUGACUACCAGGAAUAUGAACCAGAAGCAUAACAUCCCUCAGCCCUGGACCCAGCCACCAGCAGCAUCAGCACAAAGAUAGCUAUAAUAAAAAUAAUAAUAAAAAAAA